UUUGAAACCUUUGAUCAACCAUACAGACUACACACAUUCCCACUUUAAUGCUUUUUCCCGCUGUCACGCUAAAGCAGCUGCUCUUUGUCUCUCCACCAUGUCAUCUCUCUCUGUCUCACCACCACAAUGUCUCUUACGGCCUUUUGUAGUCCCACACCGGCUUUUGCUGGGACCUGGGCCUUCCAACGUAUCUGCUCGGAUUGUGACAGCUGCGUGUCAACCAAUGUUAGGACACCUGCACCCUGAGACCAUAGAGAUUAUGGAUCAGAUAAAGAGUGGGAUCCAGUACGCAUUUCAGACUCAGAAUCGCAUGACUCUGGCAGUGAGUGGGCCGGGUCAUGCGGCUAUGGAGUGUGCUAUCUUUAACUCAGUGGAGCCUGGAGAUAGUGUACUCAUUGCUGUCAACGGCAUCUGGGGGGAGAGAGCUGCUGAAAUCGCACAGAGAAUAGGUGCCAAAGUGAACACCAUUGUAACCUCAGCUGGAAGGUACUUCACAAACAAUGAAAUAGAGCAGGCAUUAGCCAAAUAUAAUCCAGUUCUGUUCUUCCUCACUCAUGGAGAGUCUUCUACAGGAGUGGUGCACCCCAUAGAUGGCAUUGGAGAUCUCUGUCACAAGUAUGGUAGUUUGUUCUUGGUUGACUCUGUCGCAGCACUUGGAGGUAGUCCAAUCUACAUGGACAAGCAAGAAAUUGACAUUUUGUACACUGGCUCUCAGAAGGUCCUUAACGCACCUCCAGGAACUGCACCAAUCUCCUUCAGUGAGAGAGCAUGCCACAAAAUCUUCAGCAGGAAGACAAAGCCUGUGUCUUUUUUUUUGGACCUAAGCUGGCUUGCCAGUUACUGGGGCUGUGAUGAAAAGCCUACUCGCAUUUAUCAUCACACUGGACCUAUAACUGCAUUAUACAGUCUAAGAGAAGCUCUUGCCAUCCUUGCAGAAAUGGGGCUUGAAAAAUCAUUAAAACGACACAAAGAUGUGGCUGAGUACUUUCAUGCAGGCCUAGAAAAGAUGGGUCUCAAGCUGUUUGUGGAGGAGAAGAAAGUGAGACUGCCCACAGUUACUACAAUUGUAGCACCACCAGGUUAUGACUGGAAGGAGAUCACAGGCUUUAUUAUGAAGAAUCACAACAUAGAAAUUUCUGGAGGUCUGGGGCCAUCGCUUGGCAAGGUCCUACGUGUGGGUCUGAUGGGCUGUAACAGCAACAAGGACAACGUGGACAUGAUUUUAGAGGCUCUUUCUGAAGCACUGAGACACUGCCACAAGAGUAAAGUCUAACACAGCUUAUUUGGCAAAUGCACUCUCUGUCUUAACAUUAAUGUAUAAAACGUAUACUGACUUAAAAUCCUCCUAAUUUUUUAGUCACAACGAAAGAAAACAGAAAGCAGUUUAUAGUGACAUUUGUACAUUUGUAAGACUGUAGCUGACUCAUAGGAAUUAUAGCAGCAAGCUCUGUUUUAUGAAUUUCUGAUAGUUAAGUUGUAAAUCUCUAAUAAAAACAUUCAUUAACAAGGUUUUUACAUGACAUUAACCAAUAUACUAAUUUGUAAUUGUUUCUAUCAAUGUUACAAUUUGUAUUGACUAUCUGUUACAAAUAUUUGCUAUAUUU